AUAAUACAAACAAUAAGACAUCGCAGUCAUCAUCAAAGUCGUCAUCAAAAAAAGGAUGCAGUUUGACUCACAUUUAAUGGAUAAUACAAACAAUACGACAGUGCAGUCAUCAUCAAAGUCGUCAUCAAAAAAAAAAUUGGGAUUAUUUUCAUCAAAAAAAUCAACAAAAAACACAAAAAAUAAAAACAAGGAUUCAAUGACUGAUGACUUAUUAAACUACCGGAGCUCUACUGUUGAACGAUGCUAUUGUACUGAUUGUUUAGAUAGUAUUAGUAGUACUAGAAUUCCGGGAACUGGUAGUUAYGGAAGCACUGGUAGCCGUAAUAGUAAUCAUUAUCAACAACAACAACAACAAAUUGAUAGCAAUUACUAUUAUGAUUAUCCCAUUACUACUACUACUAAUAAUACUACUAAUGAUAUAUCAAUGGCGGCUACCGGUGCUGCUGAUAAUAGCCGGGGUCGCCCUCGUCAUCAGCAGCCAAACAAUAGACAGAGAAGCCUAAGUGGCGGUAGUAUUAGCGGUACUACCAGUGCUGCCUAUUGUCAACCUAUUGGCGGCGGCGGCGCGGCGGUAAUCAUGAGGCCAGGGAUGUGAUAGCAGAGCACAUGUAUAUGGAAGUUGACGACAGGAUCAGCGGUGUCGGUGUCGGUC